CUUUCUUUUCCAUUGGUGCACGCAAGAGCCAAUCGAAUCCCGCUUCUCCUCUCCCUCUGCAAUUUGAUUGGCGAACUGCAUUUUACGGCCGGCUACGGUAUCAUUCCCUCGCCCACUAGGUUUGAAAUUAUCAGCUUUUGCCGGCACUUUUCGCUGUGUGGUGCAAGAACAUUCCCUGGCUGUGCUUAUUGGCUAAGUAUAGCGCAUGCGUAUGACGGAGAACGAAGCCGUCAUCCCAUUCUUUCCUUGGGCGCUUUCUCUGCUUGUCUGAGCCGUUACGUCACCUUGUUCUGCGCAGCCCCCCUUCUUCCUUUCCGUGUCGCGUGUGUCUUGGUCGCUCUUCUUUCGUCUAACCACCUCUCUGCUUAUCCAACAUGGCGGCGGCGGCGGCCGGAGAGGAGCAGUUCCCGUUCCAAGGGCUCCUGCCCAAAAAGGAAACCGGCGCUGCCUCCUUCCUUUCCCGGUACCCGGAAUAUGACGGUCGGGGAGUAUUACUGGCCAUUUUAGACACGGGUGUGGAUCCCGGAGCACCGGGCAUGCAGAUUACAAGUGAUGGGAAACCUAAGAUAAUUGACAUAAUAGAUACAACAGGCAGUGGUGAUGUAAAUACUUCAACUGUCACAGAAUCAAAAGACGGAGAAUUCAUUGGUCUUUCAGGAAGAACUCUGAAGAUCCCAACAGACUGGGUAAAUCCAUCUGGAAAAUAUCACAUUGGCUUAAAAAAUGGUUAUGACUUCUACCCUAAAGCUCUUAAGGAGAGAAUACAGAAAGAGCGUAAGGAAAAGCUUUGGGAUCCUGUUCACAGAUUGGUCCUAGCGGAAGCCUGUAGGAAACAAGAUGAGUUUGAAGGUGCUCACAGCUCUCCAUCACAGGAAAGCAAACUAGUGAAGGAAGAUCUUCAGAGUCAAGUGGAGUUGCUGAAUUCUUUUGAGAAAAAAUAUAGCGACCCUGGUCCUGUAUAUGACUGUGUGGUGUGGCAUGAUGGUGAAACCUGGAGAGCUUGUAUAGAUUCAAGUGAAAAUGGUGACUUUUCUAACUGCACAGUUCUACGGAACUACAAAGAAGGUCAAGAAUAUGGAUCUUUUGGCACAUCAGAGAUGUUGAAUUACUCGGUCAAUAUCUAUGAUGAAGGCAACCUGCUCUCAAUUGUGACCAGUGGAGGGGCACAUGGAACACAUGUUGCUAGUAUAGCUGCUGGACAUUUUCCAGAUGAACCAGAUCGUAAUGGUGUGGCCCCUGGUGCACAGAUUCUUGCAAUCAAGAUUGGUGAUACAAGAUUGAGCACCAUGGAAACUGGCACUGGCCUUAUAAGAGCUAUGAUAGAAACGAUAAAAUAUAAGUGUGACCUUGUCAACUACAGCUAUGGAGAGGCAACUCACUGGCCAAAUGCUGGGAGAAUAUGUGAAAUAAUUAAUGAAGCCGUAUGGAAACACAACGUAAUCUAUGUUUCAAGUGCUGGGAACAAUGGUCCUUGUCUGUCAACAGUUGGUUGCCCAGGUGGAACUACAUCAAGUGUGAUUGGUGUUGGUGCUUAUGUAUCACCUGAUAUGAUGAUUGCUGAGUAUUCAUUGCGAGAGAAACUACCUGCAAAUCAGUACACCUGGUCAUCUCGUGGGCCUAGUACUGAUGGAGCACUGGGAGUGAGCAUUAGUGCCCCUGGAGGUGCUAUUGCCUCUGUUCCUAACUGGACAUUAAGAGGCACACAACUCAUGAAUGGCACAUCAAUGUCUUCACCUAAUGCAUGUGGUGGGAUUGCUUUAGUACUAUCAGGACUAAAGGCUAAUGAUGUGCGCUACACCGUUCAUUCAGUCAGGAGAGCACUAGAAAAUACUGCAGUGAAGGUGGAAAACAUACAGGUGUUUGCCCAAGGACAUGGUGUUAUUCAGGUUGAUAAAGCCUAUGACUACCUCAUUCAGAAUUCAGCAUUUGCUAACAACAUAGGUUUCACCAUUACUGUUGGCAACAACCGUGGAAUCUACCUCAGAGAUCCUGUCCAGGUAGCUGUGCCUUCUGACCAUGGUGUUGGCAUAGAGCCAUUCUUUCCUGAAAAUACAGAAAAUACUGACCGGAUAUCUCUGCAGCUUCAUUUAGCUUUAACUUCAAAUGCAUCCUGGGUUCAGUGCCCUACUCAUCUGGAGCUCAUGAACCAAUGUAGACAUAUUAACAUUCGUGUGGACCCCCGUGGCUUACGAGAAGGAGUUCACUAUACAGAGGUGUGUGGUUAUGAAAUAUCAAUGCCUAAUGCAGGCCCUCUGUUUAGAAUCCCAGUAACUGUUGUUAUACCAGCAAGAACAGAUGAAGCUUCACAUUAUGAUCUUGAAUUUACUGAUGUUCAUUUUAAACCUGGUCAAAUCCAAAGACACUUUAUUGAAGUUCCUUCUGGAGCAACAUGGGCUGAAGUAACUGUUUGUUCAUCAUCGCCUGAUAUAACUGCCAAGUUUGUUCUCCAUGCGGUUCAACUAGUAAAGCAAAAGGCAUACCGAAGCCAUGAGUUCUACAAAUUCUGUUCCAUACCAGAAAAAGGAUCGGUUACUGAAGCAUUUCCUGUCUUAGGUGGAAGAACAAUUGAAUUUUGUAUUGCACGUUGGUGGGCAAGCCUCAGUGAUGUCAGCAUUGAUUAUACCAUUUCCUUUCAUGGCAUAGUUUGCACUGCUUCUCAAUUAAACAUUCAUGCAUCAGAAGGCAUAGUGCGCUUUGAUGUUCAAUCAACACUGAGAUAUGAAGACAUUGCACCUUCCAUAAAUCUGAAAAGCUGGGUUCAAACACUAAGGCCACUGAGUGCUAAAAUAAAGCCAUUAGGAUCACGGGAUGUUUUGCCAAAUAAUCGACAGUUAUAUGAGAUGAUUUUGACAUACAGCUUUCAUCAACCCAAGAGUGGAGAAGUAACUCCAAGUUGUCCUUUACUCUGUGAUCUCUUGUAUGAAUCGGAAUAUGACAGCCAGUUGUGGAUUAUUUUUGACCAGAAUAAAAAACAGAUGGGAUCAGGAGAUGCCUAUCCUCACCAGUAUUCUGUGAAAUUGGAGAAAGGCGAUUAUACCGUUCGGUUACAAAUCCGUCACGAGCAGAACAGUGAGCUGGAUCGUAUCAAAGACCUUCCAUUUAUUAUCUCUCACAGACUUUCUAGUGCCCUGACUUUAGAUAUUUAUGAAAGCCACGGCCAGGCUCUCUUAGGGAAGAAGAAAGCAAAUAGUAUGUCUCUGCCACCAAAACACAGCCAGCCUUUCUUUGUUACAUCUUUGCCAGAUGACAAAGUACCUAAAGGAGCAGGUCCAGGCUGCUACCUUGCAGGAUCAUUGACAUUUUCAAAGACAGAACUUGGAAAGAAAGCGGGGCAGUCUGCAGCAAAGCGACAAGGAAAGUUUAAAAAGGACAUAAUUUUGGUGCAUUAUCAUCUGAUCCCAUCACCAAUAAAAAAUAAGAAUGGAAGCAAGGAGAAAGAGAAGGAUCCAGAAAAAGAAAAAGAUGCAAAGAAUGAAUUUGCUGAAGCUUUAAGAGACUUGAAGAUACAAUGGAUGACUAAGCUUGAUACCAGUGAUAUGUAUAAUGAAUUGAAAGAGGACUUCCCUAAUCAUCUCCCCUUGUAUGUUGCAAGGCUUCAUCAGUUGGAUUCUGAAAAGGAACGAAUGAAAAGACUGAAUGAAAUUAUUGAGGCAGCCAACACAGUUAUCUCACAUAUCGAUCAAACGGCCCUUGCAAUUUAUCUUGCUAUGAAGACGGAUCCGAGACCUGAUGCUGCUACUAUAAAAAAUGAGAUGGACAAGCAAAAAUCUACAUUAGUAGAUGCGCUCUGUCGGAAAGGAUGUGCAUUGUCAGAUCAACUUCUGCAGUUGCAGGCCCAAGAAGGGGCUGUGUCAAGCGAUACAGAAUGCAAAGAUGACAACCAGGAUAGUUGCUUGGAUGCUCUGACAGAAACUUUCUGGGAAACAACAAAAUGGACUGACCUGUUUGACACCAAGGUUUUACCAUUUGCCUAUAAGCAUGCACUGGUAAAUAAAAUGUAUGGCAGAGGUCUCAAAUUUGCAACAAAACUUGCAGAGGAGAAACCUACCAAAGAAAACCUGAAGAAUUGUGUACAGCUAAUGAAGUUACUUGGAUGGACACACUGUGCAUCUUUCACUGAAAACUGGCUUCCUGUGAUGUAUCCACCUGAUUAUUGUGUGUUUUGAAGUACCUGCAGUUGUACAUUUGAGAUGUUCUUACAUGGUUUGGAUAUAAAGAUACAUGAUAGUCUUACUGGAAUGCAUGUUUUCAUCCAUUAUUGAAUACUUACAUUGUGUGUAUUAAUCAGAGGACAAGGAGUUGCAAUAUAUGUGUGUGACGGCUUGGCUCCUGACACCAAGGGGUCUCUUUAGACUUUAAUAUUUAAUUUCUUGGGGUAAUCCCUGGUUGCCCCAGAAAUAAAAACAUAUGAACAAAAUGUUUUGCAUACAUCACAUUGCUGGCAAUGGAUGUUUCAGAAUGGCCAGCACCAAGGAUUAGGAAAUGAAGGUGGGAAGUUUUCAUGCAUGUAUAUGGGAUUCUUAACUGUUUGUAAUUUUAACCACAAGCCUGUACAAGCUGUUCUUUUUACAGUGAGCAAGGUUUUAACAUGUCUGAAGUUCUCAAUUGUAUGAAGGCCUUAAAAAAUGAAGCUACAUCAAGAGUAGCGAAAAUCUUAUUUAUUAGACUUAGCAGUAAUGGAACUUAAUUACCAGUAUCAUCUGCAAGAGUUUACAUUUUGAAUUUUUUAAAAAAUAAAACUUUCACACGCACUGCAAAUAUAUUCUGAACUGCUAGUGCAAAGGUGCUCUUGAAUAUCUUCAACAAGGAGAUA